AAGUGGAAUGCUUCUCGCUGUGGAGUCAGUGAAACAGGCGCUGUUACAGGGAGUGGAUACACUUGUCGAUUCAGCUGAUCUGACUGGCAACAAUAUUUUGGAAAUAAUCGCAAACACUGUCAUCUACUGAGCUAACGCGUUACGCAAAGAUCGCACUAAAUAAGGUUAUAGCAGCAGCUUCUCAGGGGAACGAGAGAAGCCUUGUGAAUAUUUGGUGAAACGGUAGCAGCAGCGACACCUGGUCCCCUGAGUCUCCGCGUUCGCUUUCAUCCUCAUCAGAGUGGCAGAACAAGAUGGGGAAUGGAUUAUCAGAGCCUCAUGCCAUCUUUCCCUGCCUGCCGUCCUUUCAGGCCCUGCACAUUGUUAUUCUCGGCUUGGACUGUGCCGGUAAAACCACGGUAUUGUACCGGCUACGCUUUAAUGAGUUUGUGAACACCGUUCCUACCAAGGGCUUCAACACGGAGAAGAUCAAGCUGCCUCUCGGUGGGAAAGGCCGGACUGGGACCUUUCAUUUCUGGGAUGUAGGAGGCCAGGAAAAGCUCCGGCCGCUUUGGCGCUCCUAUACGCGGUGUGCUGACGGCCUGGUGUUCGUGGUGGACUCGGUAGAUGCCGAACGCAUGGAGGAGGCCAAAACGGAGCUGCAUAAGAUCACGCGGCUACAGGAGAACCAGGGGGUGCCCGUGUUGGUGGUGGCGAACAAGCAGGACCUGCGCAGUGCGUUGCCUCUAUGCGAGGUCGAGCAGAUGUUGGCGCUGAACGAGCUCGGCUCUCACACACCCUGGCACCUCCAACCGGCCUGUGCCAUCAUCGGAGAAGGUCUACAAGAAGGCCUGGAACGUCUCCACUCCAUGAUCAUCAAGCGGAGAAAGAUGAUGAGGCAGCAGAAGAGGAAAAGAUGACUGUUUGGUGAUGGGAAUGUGAGCUGGACGUGGUGGUAGGCCUCUGUGAUGGCUCCACUGGUGACGUGCCGUUGGUCUUUGCGGCCCUGCGCUCCUGGAAUUAUUGUUUCAGUGGGCUGAGUUUUAUCAGUCAGAUAGUUCAGAGACGCAAGAGGACAAUAUUGAUUUACCACUCUGGUUGUUGGAUCGUAGCAGCGGUGGGACGAUCACAUGGAACUUUUACAUCAACACAGUGUUACGCAAUGUCAUGGGGUUUGUGGUACAUCGAGGUCUCAUGAAGGACAACAUUGGACAUGAACUUGUAAAUGACAAAGGCUGAUCGCCGAAGAGUUGGUCUUUGUCUUUGCGUCUGAAGUGUUACACGUAUCCUAGCAUUCAUGUAAUCUCGAAAUGGAAGGAUUGAUUACCAAAGCUGCCAUGGACAGAAUGAAAAAUCCAAUGUAUACAUUCAGGUGAUGUGUUCCCCCCAUUGGUUUUUAUCCAGAAUGGCCACCCGUCAUUUUCUCUGAGUGUUUGUCGUCUCGGUGGUCAGGGGAACCAGAAUAAGCUUUAUGGAUCGCUUGUUUGGGAAUGCACAAAUGUUUAAAGAUCGGAAUCACAGAAAAGGGUAUUUCGUCAUGUAGUUCAACAGGCGAAUGUGGUAAUUGUCAAGAUUAGUAGAGGUUAAAGGUGUACUAUCCUUCUUAAGUAGUUCUGUUGACUGACACAUGUUGGUGCAGUAGAGCUUAACCCAAGCUUGAGGACUGCUUUUGUCAUUUCUAGCUUGUACCCACAUUGUGCGAUUCCCUGACAAGAGAUGUUUAAAUGCACUUUAGAAAUUCCCUUUUCUAAUCUAUGAACUUGCAGCAUCCGAUUUUUUUGUAAAGAGUUUAUCAUGCUACAAAAAAAGAAGUAAUGUAUUGCUUCGAAUGAAGCGUUUUUUUUCCUUUUGUUUUUUUUAACUAUCCACUGUUCCACAUUGAAAUGUGUAAGUUUGUCACUCAGUGCUUGUGUGUUGGGGAUGUUCAUAUUUAUGUCAGGAUUUUGUACACUUUGAAUAAAUCCACAACUACACUAAACAUA